AUGGGCGGGGUGGCCAAGCAGGCAUUGGCAAAGGCAAGCACAGCCCCUGAGAUCACCACUCAGCUUCUCUUACAUGACAUAGAGAAAGUGAUCAUCAUUGCCAGAAGUGAAGAUAAAUACAUCGCUGCUUGCAAGGAAUGGGGACACCGCAAGGGCAUCUUACUGGAGAAUGACACUCGAGUUGAGUUUGUCAAAUGCGAUCUGGGGGAUAUUCAGGAUGUCAAGGCCGCAGUUGAGAAGAUAAAACAAAUAACAGACCGGAUUCAUAUACUGGUUUGCAAUGCAGCCAUAAGUGUCCAAAAUGAAUACAAGCGUUCACCUCAGAAUAUUGAGCGUGUAUUCGCAACGAACUGCGUAGGACACCAAGUCCUAACUACAUUACUCCUACCUCUGUUGAAGAACGGCGUGACACUUAGCAACGACGGACGAAUUGUUGUGACCAGCUCAUCGUUCCAUUUUUGGUGCCAACAGCUCAAUCUGGAUCUUCUGUUCUCAUCAUCACGCGUCAAGUGGCCGGCGUUGUACGAUGGAAUAUGGCGGUAUGGCCGGUCAAAGUUGGGGAACAUCCUCUUUGCUAAAGAACUCAGUCGGCGGCUUCUGGAGGAUGAAGACCCAGCGAGCAAGCAGAUCUAUGUCAAUUCGUUCUUCCCGGGCAACAUCGUUACUGAUCAAUGGUUCGGGUGGGAUUCUUAUUUUGGGAGAUUCCUCGGUUGGCUUAUCAGAGCGGCAGGAUCGUGGUUGGGCCAGAGUCUGGAGGACGGUGCUACUACAGCUCUAUAUCUUGCUACUAGUCAAGAGGUGCGAGAACAGAACCAUCGUGGUCAGUAUUUUAUACCUACCGCUACGCUGUGUGAGCCCAGUGCGAUAUCUAGAGAUAUGAAGCUUGCUCGAGAGCUGUGGGAUUGGAUUGAUGCCCAAGCUACAGAGACACUGGGAUGGGAUUGGCAAUAUCAAUAG